CCCUCGAACACCGGUGUGCUGGGAACAUUUACCUGAAGGCAUCAGACUAAGGACUCUCAAAAAACAAAACACGUUUGCAAGUCGAGACUGCCUCUCAUUUUCAAGUUGAGUCUUUGUGAUCAUGUCUUCAUCUACUCAGAGCCGACCAUGUACUAGUCCCGAUUGUAUCGACGAUAUUCGAGCCAGAGAAGUUUUGCAUCGCACAGAAACAUGCAAUAUUGUCAUUUUUGGAGAAACAGGAGCUGGUAAAAGCUCCUUGGUCAAUUUGAUCACCAGGAAGCAAUCGGCGGCAACGUCCUCUGACGCCUUGGGAUGUACCACCAAAACAAAUGUGUACGAGCAUGACGUUGCAUUUCAGAACAAGACCUUGAAGAUAAAGCUUUUCGAUACAGCCGGUCUUGAUGAGGGCUCCGAGGGAACGGUCCCCAAUAAGGAGGCUCAAAAAGUUUUGAAGAAGCUCCUUCAAACCCUUGUGGAGCAUGAUGGCAUUCACCUCCUCAUAUACUGCGUGCAGGGCACGAGAGAGAGCAUGGCGCUCCGCCGGAACUACAUGUCGUUGUAUUCCAAAGUCAAGGGGAAAGUUCCGAUCGUCAUCGUUGUUACACGUUUGGAAAACCAAAAUCCGGACAUGGAAGAAUGGUGGAGGAAGAACGAGCAAUCCAUCUCAAACCUCAAUAUGACCUUCGCUGGCCACGCAUGCGUCACCACAAUAACCAUCGAUGAAAGUGAUAGCGUCGACCUCAAGGAACGUAGCGAACAGUCAUACCAUGCCCUCCGCGAACUUAUCGACAAGUGUCGCUUGCCCAAUGAGAAAGGUUUCCGCGACGUUGAAUGGGCAUGCGAUGACCAUGAAAGGGACCACCCACGAAGCGUAAUCGUCUGCGACUCUGCCGUCCCAGCCCCCCUGAAUGUUUGCAACAUCGCGGGUGUCAUUAAUGGCGCAUGGGUCAGAUCCACGGUAGUCAUGCGCGGGCAUUACUACAUGUUCCAGCGCGUAACUGCACCCUAUCCACCCGCAAAACGGUCCAAAGGAGGUGUUGGUUUCGAACCUUGCUUGUUAAUUUUUUACGUGGACAAGAACGAGUCUGUCAAUACGCAGAGAACGGAGGUGCAGAAGUUUCGCAAGGUCUAUGCGAAAUCCAAGGAUGGUGGGAGGGGUCAAAUGACACUGGCAAGGACUCAUUGUUAGCCCCAUCCAUUACCUUCACUUGCUUACCUCGCGAUGGGUCGGAAC